GAUGCAUGUGCAGCUUUACUCCUGGAGCUCCAGCUGGAAGUGGAUCGCAGUGGGGUACCUGCAGCAGGGAAUCCUGGAAAGUCUCGGUCAGGCGGGAGGGCGGGCUUCAUUCUGGUGAUAGACGGCCGGACCCUGGACUGGGCCCUGCAGGAGGACCUGAAGGAGGACUUCCUGCUGCUGAGCUGCAGCUGUAAGGCGCUGCUCUGCUGCAGGUCCACCCCGCUGCAGAAGAGCCAGGUGGUGCGGCUGGUCCGGGACCAGCUGGCCGUCAUGACCCUGGCCGUGGGUGAUGGAGCCAAUGAUGUGAGCAUGAUCCAGGUGGCUGAUGUGGGCAUCGGGAUCUCUGGACAGGAGGGGAUGCAGGCGGUGAUGUCCAGUGACUUUGCGAUCUCCAGGUUCAAACACCUGAGGAAGCUGCUGCUGGUCCACGGUCACUGGUGCUACGCUCGACUCGCAAACAUGAUCCUCUACUUCAUCUACAAGAAUGUG